AUCCGGAUGAAAAUAAAAAUAGAGAUUAAUGGAAAUACUAAGAAACUCUGAAACCGAGGUGAGCGUUAAAGCCCACCAAGCCGAGCUCCUUCAUGUCUGUGGAGGUGACUGGAUGAGUUCCCCCCUCUAACCACUGGGGACAUGCCGAGGGGAGGCAGGGGAGGGAGGACCACCACAGCUUCAGUAGGACUCGGUGUCACCGGGAGAGCGCACAGGCACUCCGACGCGCAGCUCUCCGCCACUUUCUGAUCAGCGCUCCUUUUCUCCGGAGCUACCCGCCCUGCGCGCAGCGCUGCCCCGGUUAGCAGCAGAGCUCACACCCCCCCCCAGGCGGACUUCUUCCUGCCGGAUCGGACAGGUGGACGGAGGAUGGACGGAGCCGGACUGUUGGCGCUGCUCCUCAGCUGCUGGGGCCUCGCCGCCACGCAGGAGCUGCCGGCCAACGGGCUGAACGGCUACAGCCUCCACCCGCCCUACUUUAACCUGGCGGAGGGCACCAAGAUCACCGCCACGGCCACCUGCGGGGAGGACGAGGGCGGCAGGAGCCUCCAGGACCUGUACUGCAAGCUGGUCGGCGGCCCGGUGUCCGGAGACCCGAGCCAGACCAUCCAGGGACAGUACUGUGACAUCUGCAGCCAGGAGGAGAGCGAUCGGGCCCACCCCAUCACCAACGCCAUCGAUGGGACAGAGAGAUGGUGGCAGAGCCCGCCUCUGUCCCGCAGCACGGAGUUCAACGAGGUGAACGUCACGCUGGAUCUCGGUCAGCUCUUCCACGUCGCCUAUGUGUUGAUUAAAUUUGCCAACUCUCCCCGUCCGGACCUCUGGGUUCUGGAGAGAUCUACGGACUACGGGCAGACCUACCAGCCCUGGCAGUACUUUGCCUCCUCUAAGCGGGACUGUAUCGAGCGUUUUGGACAGAGGACCAUUGAGAGGAUCAACAACGACAACGACAGCAUCUGCACCACUGAGUAUUCACGUAUCGUCCCGCUGGAAAACGGAGAGAUCGUGGUGUCCCUGGUGAACGGUCGGCCCGGGGCCAUGAACUUCUCCUACUCGCCAGUGCUGAGGGAUUUCACCAAGGCCACCAACAUCAGGCUCCGCUUCCUGAGGACCAACACCCUGCUGGGACACCUAAUGGGCAAGGCGCUGCGUGACCCCACCGUCACCCGCAGGUACUACUACAGCAUCAAAGACAUCAGCAUCGGAGGAAGGUGUGUGUGUAACGGACACGCGGAGGCCUGCAACGCCAAUGACCCCAGUGACCCUUACAAGUUGCAGUGCGACUGUCAACACAACACCUGUGGCGUUUCCUGCGACCACUGUUGCCCCGGUUACAACCAGUUACCCUGGAAACCUGCGACGACCUACAGCGCUAACGAAUGCGAACCCUGUAACUGUCACCGUCACUCCUUCGACUGUUACUACGACUCCGAGGUGGACCGACACGGAGGCAGUCUGGACAUCCACGGACACCACAGAGGAGGAGGCGUCUGCCUCAACUGCCAGCAUCACACCACCGGAGUCAACUGUGAGCUUUGCAUGCCCAAAUACUACCGGUCGCCCGACCAUCCCAUCGACUCCCCGCUGGCGUGUCUGCCCUGUAGCUGCCAGUCGGAGUUCACAGACGGAACCUGCGAGGACCUGACCGGACGUUGCUUCUGCAAGCCCAACUACACCGGGGAGAACUGUGACGCCUGUGCCAGCGGCUACGUUAGCUUUCCCCGGUGUUACCCCAUCCCGACAAGUCCCACUGGCAAUGAGAACAACGGCGAGGCCAAACCAGCUGGAGAGAUCAUCAACUGUGAGUGCAGCGCUGCAGGCACCGUUGAAAACUCCUGCAGGCCGGACCCUCGGACUCAAACCUGCGUCUGUAAACCCGGCUUCACCGGGCGCCACUGUGACACCUGCGCGCCGGGUUUCCACGGCCUCAGCUGCCAGGCCUGUCAGUGUUUGGGUCCGGGCUGUCAGGACGGGUCAUGUGACCUGCUGACCGGUCACGGCAUGUGCCGGAGCGGUUUCCAGGGCUACCAUUGUGAUGAGUGCGCGCCCGGUUACUUCAACUACCCCCUCUGCCAACUGUGUGGUUGCAGCGCAGUCGGCUCUCUUCCCGAGCGCUGCGACGCUUCUGGACGCUGUCUCUGCAAACCGGAGUUUCAGGGUCCUCGCUGUGAGCAGUGCAGAUCCGGAUUCCACUCCUACCCCGACUGUCAAGAAUGCUCCUGUGAUCCUCGCACCUCAUUCGACACCGGCUGCACCGUCUCCGGGAUCUGCCGCUGCCGACCCAACUACAGCGGCGCGUCAUGUGACCAGUGCGCUCCCGGUUACUAUGGCUACCCGAGCUGCACGCCCUGCCAGUGUUCCCCCGAGGGUUCCCGCUACACGAGCUGUGACCAGGCGACGGGACAGUGCCCGUGUCUGGCCGGCGUGGCGGGGCUGAGGUGUGACAGCUGUGCACACGGCGCCCACGGCUUCCCCGACUGUCAGGCUGGUACGUGCCACCCAGCGGGGUCCGUCCAGUAUGUGGUGCUGCCACCCGUGGGUCAGUGUGAGUGCCGUCUGCACGUGGAGGGCCCCGCUUGUGACAGAUGUAAGCCUCUGUACUGGAACCUGUCCCCUGACACCGCUGAUGGAUGCUCCAACUGUGAGUGCAACGUCGCCGGGACCCUGAGUCGGGUUGCAGAGUGUGCACAGGAAUCUGGUGAGUGUCACUGUAAGCCCAGCGUCUGCAGUGGGACGUGCUCCACCUGCAAAGAGGGCUACUUUAACCUGCAGGACCACAGUUACUUUGGCUGCCAGGGUUGCCAGUGUGACAUUGGGGGCUCAGUGGGUCGGUUUUGUGGCCAGCAAAAUGGUCAGUGCGAUUGUAGACCCAACGUGGAGGGGCCAAGGUGUAACCUACCUCGCCCGGAUCAUUACUUCCCAGAUCUCCACCAUUUGAAGUUUGAGAUCGAGGAAGGAACCAUGCUGGAUGGCCGAGCGGUGAGGUUUGGUUACAGCCUUCUGGAGUUCCCAGACUUCAGCUGGAGAGGUUACGCUCAGAUGUCCCCGAUUCAGACGGCGGUCAAGCUCCAGGUGUACGUGAGCGAGGCAGACGUCUAUCUGACUCGAUUCAUCCUCAGAUACGUCAAUUCUGAGGGCGUCACCUCCAACGGUAAAAUAACAGCCUAUCAGGCCAACCGCAGAGGUUCAGAACAGUCCAAACAAAUCGUCUUUGCACCGAGCGUGCAGCCGACCUUCGCUAACGUCCCCCAGAACAGCUUCGUGGAGCCUUUCGUCCUGAACCCAGGAACCUGGACCGUGAUUAUAGAAGCUGAGGGAAUCCUGCUGGACUAUCUGGUGUUGCUGCCAAGCGCCUACUAUGAAGCUCCCCUCCUGCAGAUCAGGGUGACUGACCCCUGCACAUACAGCUCUGCAUCUGAAACCAGCCAAAACUGUCUGCUGUACAAGUACCUGUCUCUGGACUCCUUCCCCUCCAUCUCCGCACGCGACGCCAACUGCCGGCACGACAACCACCUUCCACGGCCCUGCCCCACCGAGAAGGUCACGCCGCGCCACCCCGACAUGGCCGUCUGCAGCGGAUUGGACAUCAGCGUGGAGCUGCGAGGCCGUCCUGUCUCCCCCGGAGACUACGUCCUGGUGGUGGAAUACUCCAGCGAGGAGGAGCUGCCGCAAACUCUGGCUGUCAGCGUCAACUCGCCUGGAGCACGAACGCACCGCCAUCGAGUCUCCCUCCUGCACUGCAAGUUCAGCUUCCUGUGUCGGGCCGUGGCGGUCGACGAGCAGAACAGGGUGGCGGUCUUCACGCUGCCCGCUGACGCCGAGGUCCAGCUGUCCUCUGAGCGCGCCUCCUUCUUCCUGCACAAAGUCUACUUGGUACCCAGAGGCCUGUUCACCAUGGAGUACGUUGAGCCUAGAGUCCACUGCAUCGGCGCCCAUGGACACUUCUCGCCGGACAGUUCCUCCUGCGUCCCGUCCCGCUUCCAGACGCCGUCGGACUCUCUGGUGCUGAAGGAGGGCCAGAGCUCCUCCACUCAGGAGGAACGCGCUCAGGCCCCCCCUGCGGUGGCCCCCCCUCUGUCCUCCAGCCAGACGGACGAGCCGGUCUGGAUGGGACAGGUCCGACCUCCCUUUGGGGCAGACAACAACCACCACAUGCGUCUGGACUCGCUGCAGAAUGCAGCGGUGUACUCGGCCCGGGUCCAGUCCCUCGGCCGUUACGUCUUCAUCCUCCAUUAUCACCAGCCGCUUCAUCCCACCUAUCCAGUCCAAGUCUACAUUAAUGGAGGGUUGAUCUGGCAGGGACAGACCAACGCCUCCUUCUGUCCCCACGCUUACGGCUGCAGGAACGUGCUGGUUUCAGAGAACCAGAUCAUUCUGGGUGUGACGCACCACGACGUCUUCCUCACGGUGCAGAUACCUCCAGGCAAGACGUUGUGGCUGGACUACGUGCUCGUGGUUCCUGAGAACAGCUUCAAACCCAGCUGCCUGAACGAGGAGCCUCUGGACAAAUCGUACGACUUCAUCAGCAACUGUGGCCAGAACAGCUUUUAUAUCAAUCCCUCCACUGCUUCUCCGUUCUGCCUCAGCUCGGCGGUGUCGCUGUCGGCGUUCUUCAACAACGGCGCGAUGCCCUGCGCGUGUCAUGAGGUGGGAGCCGAGAGCGACACCUGCGAGCAGUUCGGCGGUCAGUGCAGGUGUCGGCCCAACGUGAUUGGACGAGACUGCUCCAUGUGCGCCACGGGCUUCUGGGGAUUCCCCAACUGCAGACCCUGUAACUGCGGUCCGCGGUUAUGCGAGCCGGUGACGGGGGAUUGCAUCUGCCCGCCGAGGACUGUGCUCCCUGAGUGCACCCAGUGUGAGCCGCAGACGUUUGGCUGCCACCCGGUGGUGGGGUGCGAGGUGUGCAACUGCUCUCGGCCCGGCAUCGUCUCUCCCGAUGUGAGCUGCGACACGGACAGCGGACAGUGCAGAUGCAGGAACAACGUUGUUGGCCGUCAGUGCGACCGCUGCGCUCCUGGUUUCUACGGUUAUCCCAACUGCAGGCCGUGCGACUGCAACGAGGCGGGAACCGAGGAGGAAGUGUGCGACUCCUUCACAGGACUGUGUCUCUGCAAGGAGAACGUCCAGGGCUCCCGAUGCGACCAGUGCAGAAUUGGCACUUUCCACUUGGACCCGACCAACCCCAAAGGAUGCACCAGCUGCUUCUGCUUCGGGGCCACCGACCGCUGUCACAGCUCGGACAAAAGACGGAUGGAGGUGAUGGACAUGGAAGGAUGGGUGCUGCUUGCAGCAGACAGACAGGAAGUAGCGGUGACGGUGUACCCUGAUCAGGACCUUGUAGAGGCUGACCUCAGUGAUGUGCCCGACGUCUACCAGGACCUCCACUGGCACGCACCGAAGGCGUACCUGGGAGACAAGGUCUCGUCAUACGGCGGUUUCCUGCGCUACCGUCUUCACACUCAGACCAUGAGAGGAGACGCUCUGCCUCUACCAGCCGAAGCCUCCCGACCUGACAUUAUUCUAAAGGGGAACCAGAUGACCCUGGUCUUCAUGGAGAGAGAAUACUCGGCACCUGAGGACCCUCACCUGGGAAUUGUUCACAUUGUUGAGGGAAGCUUCCGUCAUGCUCGGACCGGCAACUCCGUGUCUCGGGAGGAGUUGAUGAUGGUUUUGGUCAAUCUGGAGUCUCUGCAGAUCCGAGCCCUUCACUCUCAGUCGGCCCACUCCGUGUCGCUGCGUGGCGCUGUGUUAGAGGGCGCCGCCGACAUGCCCUCAGGACGCCAUGCAAACAAUGUGGAGAUCUGCAUGUGUCCGGCCAACUACCUGGGAGAUUCUUGCCAGAAAUGUGCUCCAGGAUACUACAGGGACACAAUCGGACUGUUUCUGGGAAAAUGCGUUCCCUGUAACUGUAACGGACACUCGGACCAGUGUUUGGAUGGAUCUGGAAUCUGCCAGAAUUGCCAGCACAACACUGUCGGGGAGCGCUGUGAGAGCUGCAUGGGGGGCUUCCUCAGCAACAACAGCCUGGAUGGACAGGCCGUGUCCUGCUCCAGUUGUCCCUGUCCGCUCAGGGCUCCGUCCAACAACUUUGCGGAGGGCUGCGUGCAGAGAAGCGACAGGAUGCAGUGUCUGUGCAUGCACGGCUACGCCGGACCAAACUGCGAGAGGUGCGCCCCGGGCUUCUACGGCAACCCCAUGGUUCUGGGCAGCAGGUGCCAGCCGUGCCACUGCAACGGAAACACGGACCCUAACAUGCUCUUCACGGACUGCCACCCGCUGACCGGACAAUGCCUCAGCUGCAUGCACAACACGGCCGGACCUCACUGUGACAUCUGUGCUCCUGGUUAUUACGGAGACGCUGUACGCGCCAGAAACUGCACCAAAUGCAACUGUUCUCCAUGUGGAACCGAAUCCUGUGACCACAACACGGGACAAUGUCGCUGUAAACCUGGAGUCACCGGACCGCUGUGUGACCGCUGUCAGAACGGGUCGUUUGGCUUCAACUCGUGCUCUGGCUGUCGUCCAUGUGAGUGCGAGGCCUCGGCGGCCCUCGUCCAGCCGUGUGAUCCUCAGAGCGGUCAGUGCACCUGCCAGCCCGGAGUCAACGGACCGAACUGCAGACAGUGCGCACCCGGACACUGGGACUACGGACCUAACGGCUGCAAGAGGUGUGAUUGUAAAGGAGGCCGUUGUGACCCCCGGACAGGGGAGUGCCAUUGUCCAGACGGGAUGACGGGGAGACAGUGUGAGACCUGCUCUCAGAGGUACAACGUUCCUGUGGAGGACAGACACGGCAUGCACUGUCAACUGUGCGACAGCUGCGUCAUCGUGCUGCUGGACGAUCUGGACGCGCUGAACGACAACUUCAGCUCCAUCGCCUGGCAGCUGAGGAACCUCAACGCCAGCUCGAUGGCCUGGGCUCAGCUCGCCAGCCUCAACCAGUCCAUGUUGGACGUGGCUCUCGCUAUUGAGCACUACAACAGCACGCUGGAUGAAAGCAGGAACCGAGCCGACAUUAUGGACGAGGACAUCAAGACCAUCAGCGACGACAUUGAUGAUUUGAACAGAAAGUCAGGAGUAAUGACAGACAGGGUCGGUGAACUGGAUGACAGUACCUCCGACACACACCAGAGGGCAGAAGACCUGCUGAAGUUCAUUAACAACAUCACCGUGGACAUCAACGCCCUGAUGCGCAUGGCGAACCAGUCCCUGAACAACACGGGGGUGGAUCAGAAUGAGGAGGAGCAGCAGAAGAAGCUCAGGGAGGCCAAGGCCAUGCUGAGGGAGAUGAAGUACAGGAGCUGCGUGGGUCAACAGAAACUGGCCGACAAAGAGAAGAGGGAAGCGGAGAAACUGUUGGAUCGUGUUAACGAGGAGCUGGCCAAUCAUCAGGCGGAGAACCUCAACUUGACCAAGGCCAUCAGGGACCGCUUGCUCCGCUUCCUCUCUGAAAUGAUGGACCUGCGAGAGGCUCUCAACGAGGCUGUGAACAACACCGGCAGAGCUGCAGAACUCAACAGUGUGAACGAGAAACUUCUGGAGGAAAUCAACAGGAUGAAUGAAGACCUGUUAAUGAAGCAGAAGGAAGUGAGUGACACGGUGGACAUGGCUGUUGCUGAUGUCACGCAAGUCAACGCAGUGGUUUCGAUACUGCAGGAGUCCCAACAGGACUAUGAAGGUCUGGCAGCGCAGCUGGAUGGAGCCAGGUCCCCUUUGGCAAAGAAGGUGCAAACGUUUGCUGCCACCAACUCCCUAAUCCCCCUGGUGGAGAAGGCGGAGAAACACGCAGAGCUGCUGAACGCGUUGGCCAUGAACCUGAGCAGUUUGGUGUCAGACACCAACAAGGAUCCGUCGGUGGAUUUAACAAAAGUCUACAACAACAUUGUCAAUAACAUCAGUGCGGCAGAAGAGGCUGCGAGAAUGGCUGAGAAGGCUGCAAAUGACACUCUGCAGAAAGUAAAGAACGAGGACCUUGGACAGUCAGCGGGUUCUCUGAAGAACCACAGCAUGGAGCUGCUUGAUGAAGUUAACCAGCUGAACGAUGAACUCAACACCACCCUGAAGGACAAGCUGGACGAUGCUCAGGAACGCCUGAGCAAAGCCAAGGCCAAACAAGAUCAAGCAAUGAAGGAUUUGGAAGCAAUAAAGAAAAGCCUCAACUCUACCUCGAAUGUGACUAAGGAGAUCAAUGAAGCAAAAUCUUUGGUAGAUAAAGCAAACAGUACGGCCACCGAGGUCAACAACAAGUUGCGCCCCAUCAAGGAGCAGCUGGACCAAUGGCAGCAAGCUUACGGUGAAACAAACUCCACCAGCGAUGACAUCAACAAGGCCCUGAUGAAUGCCAGCGAAACGGUGCAAAAGCUGGAAGAACACAUUCCCACGUUGAUGAAGAAACUUGACAACCUGCAGAAUUUCUCCGUCCAAAUGCCAAACAUCUCUGAGAACAUCAACCGUAUCCGUAAGCUCAUUCAGGAGGCGCGCAACGCUGCCAGCAAGGUGAGCGUGUCCAUGAAAUUUAACGGGAGGUCUGCUGCUCAGGUUCGGACCCCGUCUAACCUGGCUGACCUGGCUGCCUUCACCUCCCUGAAGUUCUACAUCUCGCUGGCAGAACCAAAGACCAGAAAGCGUUCCACUGGUGACGAGGAAUCACAGCUCGUUUUCUUCCUUGGCAGCAAAAAUUCGGAUAAGGAAUUCAUGGGCAUGACUUUGACGGAGAACAGGCUGUAUUGGUAUUUUAAUAUCGGUGGAAGUACUACUGAGGUGAAGAUGACUGAAGACCUCAAAUCUGGUGUAAAAUUCAACUACGUUGUGUUGGAAAGAAUCCUCCAGUUUGGUAAUAUGGCCGUCUCGUCAUUGAUAAAUGGGGUCACUGUUGUCACCAAAGCUGUUGGAAAGACUGAAGGUACUGAGGGACUGCUCAAUCUCCUGACUGACGACACGGUCUUCUAUGUUGGUGGACCCCCGGACUCUUUCAAACUGCCUUCCCAACUUAGCAAUUCAACAGGAUUCAGGGGCUGUAUUCAGCUGGAAACGCUGAACAUGGGGGUUCUCAGUCUGUAUAACUUUGAAAACACCUUCCAGCUCAACACCACAGCGGACAAACCGUGCCACAGCUCCAAGCCGACGCUACAGCAGAAGUGGGAGAUUGACGGGGCCUUCUUUGAUGGAACUGGCUUUGCUGAGAUCAUCUUGGAUGAAAAGGUCACACGCUUUGAUCAAGAGUUAAAGCUCAUCUCCCAGAACGGAAUAAUACUCAUGCUAAAACAAGAGAUGAAGGUCUUGUGCCUGGCUGUGCUUGACGGACAGCUCCAUGUUUUAUAUGACUUCAAUGGUACUUUGAUCGAUCUUCCACCGAAAGAAGAACAUGUGAAUUUGCUGAAGAUUAGUGAUGGGAAUUCAAGAGCACUGUCGAUGAUCUUAGUGCACCGUCGAGACUUGGUUGUGGUGAAGAUCUCUGAUAAAUUUGUCUUUCAAUCAACUGUAAGCCAAAUACCAGAGUUCGAAGAUAAGUACUAUCUGGGAGGAGCGCCAAAGGAGGAGAUCCCUGAGAGCUUGAAGCGGCUGUUUUCGGCGGGCAGCUCCGUGAAAGGCUGCUUCCGCGGCGUGAAGACCGGUAACAAUUUCGUCAAUCUGAAGACUGCGCAAACCUCAGGAGUCAGCUUUGGCUGUGACAAGGACCAGCUGAUCGCUCGGGAGGCUCAUUUCCCCGGUCAGAGCUACCUGCAGUUGGAAGUGACAGACGUGAACGAGGAGAACCGCCUGGGGAAGGACUUCUACGCCAGCUUCAGCUUCAGAACGGAGCAGAAAGACGGACUCAUGCUUUACCACCGGGACCAGGGGGAAAUCUGUCAGGUGUUUUUGGAGAAGGGCCACGUCGUGGUGAAGGCCGGCAACAACGAGGCCAAGACCCAGAAGACGUACAACGACAACAACAGCCACAACAUAGCUUUCUACAUCAGCAGUAAUACGCUUCGUGUCCACAUGGACGACGGGGAGGUGGCGACCAGCAAGCCGAGCAACAGGCCCGCUCUGACGGCCCCUGAAGAUGGGAUGUUCCUGGGAGGAUUACCUCAGCAGAGCAACGACUUCACAGGAUGCAUCAGCAACGUCUUCAUCAACGGGAGCAAAGAAGGUCCAAACGUUCGGAACCUGCUGAAUGUGAAACACAAUGUGAACGUGUCUAUGAGCUGCCCCGCAGGCAAAAAACCCCUGCAGAUCGUGGUUAAUCAGCGCAGACCCAAACAGAAGGUUCAUCAGAGGAAGCCGUCCAGAUCUCGCAGCCGCAGUACCAGGGAGUCCUGCCAGGCGGAGCUGUUGCAGCCGGAGGGCAGAGCGACGCACUUCAGCGGCUCCGCCCACAGCUUCCAGAGAUACGACUCUGUGGCGGGCUCGCUCAGAUCCAUCUCUCAGCUGUCACUGGGGCUGAAGAUCAACUCCUCCGACGGCUGCGUGCUCCAUGCAGCCGGCAGGCAGCCAGGCGGAGCGGCCAUGACGCUCAGCGUCCUCAAAGGCCACCUGAUGCUGUCAGUGGAGGCAGCGGGAAGUAAAGUCAAAGUGCGCAGCCUGAACAGAUACAACGACGAGCGCUGGCACCCGGUCUUCAUAAAGCUCGAAGGGAACAAGAUCAGCCUGACGGUGGGUGGCAUCAGCGCUCGAUCCAAGAGGAUACCUGGAGGCGCCAAGAUGCGGCUCAGCGGGCCUUUAUUUAUCGGAGGAGUCCCAGCCUCAGUCAAGCCUGCAGGCUGUGAAGGUUUCGCCGGAUGUGUCCGGGACCUGAAACUGAACGCGGUCCCUGCAGGAAACCCGUCUCACAGUCAGGGGGCGGUGCCCUGCUUCCAGAACCCUCUGCAACCUGGAGCCUACUUCUCUGGACAGGGAGGACACAUGGAGAUAGAUGACUCUCUGGUUCUGGGUCGGGACCUGGAGAUCCGGCUGGAGGUUCGGCCCGCUUCAGAGUCUGGGCUGCUGCUGCACGCUGGAAGCUCACCUGACCAACACCUCAGCUUGGUCCUAAGCCAGGGGGAGGUGAUCGUGUCGGUAAGCGGCGCCAAAGGUGAAUUCUCUACCUCUUUAAUGCCCGAUGAAUCUCUGUGCAACCGGCGCUGGCACACCAUCACAGUGUUGAAGAGAUUCAACGCUCUGCAGUUGCGUGUGGACGGAGCCAGCGAGGAGAACCUGGGCCCAAAGCAGAGCCGCUCUGCAGGGGCCAAGGCCGCCGUGUACCUGGGAGGCGCACCAAGUGACGUCAAAGUGAACGGCCACCCUGACGGUUUUCCUGCUUUCCACGGCUGUUUCCGCCAUGUCAGCAUCAACGGCAGACGCGUGAAUUUGUCCAAACCGCGGUCUGUGCGCGGCGCCGUCGGGACUCAUGGCUGCCCUCACAUGUAGAGCAUAUCCUCACAUUCCCUGACAACACAAAACUGGUGGUGGGUGUCAUGUUACUUUAGCUAAUUUAAAAUAUAUUAAUAUUUAUUUUAUUUUUUGCAACAAAAAAAAAACAUUUCAUAUCACUUUUUUUUUGUUCUGCAGGGUGCUAUAUUAGUGAUAAUUGGUUUCGUAAAGAGAUGCACUGAUUAAAAUGGAU